CCAAGCUCUCUACUAGCCACCUCCAAGCUCUCAGCCAACUUCUCGGUCCGCAAUGGCUCUCACGAGUAGUCAGAUCUGCUCCAUGCUUUUCCCUGCAGUUCGAGACAACAUGCAUACCUGCACGACAUGUGGCAAGACCUACAUGACGGGAAUAGCUACACAAACCCACAUAAUCACCUGCGGCGCAGCCAUGCCGACUACGAGCAAUAGCUCCAAGAAGCAGCACGCUGUCAAACCCACCUAAACCUACGCCUCGUCUGCCAGCGAGCUCGAGAUCUCUACCGCUGGCUGGAGUGGGCUACCUCCGGACGGCUCCCGUUCGAGUUUGUUGAGCACCGCCUCACGAGACUGAAUUCCGCUUUCUCUACAGUCUCUGACGACACUCUGUCAAAGUGUGUAAGGCUAGUCUGCGAGGCUGUCGAAGCCCGAGUCGCGGACGAGCUUCUUGAAUCGUUUGGACUCGUACUGGACCGCUGGACUAGUAGCAGUCGCCACUAUGUAGCAAUCAUUGCGGUGUACGACACAGUUGGUAAUGCCGGUAUUACUAGUAUUCGGACUUCAA